GCUAACUUACGCAUGUAUAUACAAAAGAGGUCGUUUCUUGCUCUCGGCCGAUUUCUUUUUUUUUGAUAUCUCUGAAAUAGACGAGAAAACAUAGGUCCACUGUCGGUGAUGCGAGUACAUUUUUCACCCUAAAAUGGCAUCGGCAUUGGAGCAAUUUGUUAACAACGUUCGGGCUUUGACCGCGGAAGAAAACUUUCGCGAAUUAAGCAGUGUUCUGACAAAAUUCAACGAUGUACUGAAGAAGAAUGUUCAACAUCUUGAUAAUGUAUUGGAAACACUAGAUCUGCAGCAGCAUUCUAUUGGAAUUCUUGCUGUUCUGUGUGCUAAGUUUUCAGAUUUCAAUUUUGUUAGUGUUACUAUGGAAGUAUUUAAGCCACUGUUCAAUCAGGUUCAAGAAUUUAUUGUUGGGUGUAAUGGAGAACAAGUUCGGUUAGUCCCUGAUAUGUAUGCAGAAUUGUGUCAUCAUUUUACAGAUGCUCUGGUUGAAGUAAAGAUGCCUAUAAGAGGUAUCGAUUUGCUUUGUAGAGCGAUACGAAAAAUUCAGUUAUAUGACAGUCAGUUAACUUCUAUACAUGGAGAUCUUUGCAAACUUUGCCUUCUUGCAAAGUGCUUUAAGCCUGCCUUAGAAUUUCUUGACAUUGAUAUUACUGGCAUUAGUACGGAUGAUGAUGCAAAAUACUUUUUACUCUAUUUUUAUUAUGGGGGAAUGAUAUAUACGGCUUUAAAAAAUUAUGAAAGAGCUUUAUACUUUUUUGAAGUUUGUGUUAUGACACCUGCGACUGCUGUGAGUCAUAUUAUGUUAGAAGCAUAUAAAAAGUAUAUUCUUGUAUCUCUGAUUUUAAAUGGAAAGAUUAUAUUACUUCCAAAUUACACAAGUAAUUUAGUUAAAAGGCACAUAAAAAGAUUAAGUAUACCUUAUCAAGAAUUAGCAACUGCGUAUAGUACAAAUAGUUGUGAUGAUGUACAAGAAAUUAUUGAAAAAUACCAAGAAGUUUUUGUAAGAGACAACAAUAUAGGAUUGGUCAAGCAAGUGCUUAGUUUCCUAUAUAAAAAAAAUAUUCAAAGACUCACAAAUACCUUUCUGACAUUAAGUUUGUCCGAUGUAGCAGCUCGCGUAAAGUUGCCUGGUCCAGCUGAUGCGGAACAAUAUAUAUUAAAUAUGAUUGAAGAUGGUGAAAUCUUUGCUACGAUUAAUCAAAAAGAUGGAAUGGUCAUAUUUCACGAUGAUCCAGAAAAGUACGAUUCUCCAAGAAUGCUCGCAAAGCUUGAAAAAGAAAUGGCAGAGUGCGCUGAACUUGGGAAAAAAGUGCUUGAAAUGGAAGAAGAAGUAAUAGUAACACCACAAUAUGUUCGUAAAGCUUGUGGCCAAAAUGAUCCAGACGAUCAAGCAGCUGGCCCCCCACCUACUAACGUUUCGAAUGCUCAGAGUCAACCAAAACAUAAUACAUACACCAUGUAACACAACACAAAUAAGACAUUAUUUAUGUGAAGAAAUACACAACAUAAGGAAUUCAUUAAUGGAUUCAAGAAAUUAUUAAUUAAGAGAUUUUGAACACAAAAUUCCAGCCUGUUUUGUCUGGCUGAAUUAUAUCCUGUAUCCCUGUUUUACUGAUAUCUUACUUUUACAAUUUUUCGAACAACUAUUGUUUAUUUAUAUUGAUCUCUAGUUUGAGAUUAUUUAGUGAAAACAUUGUACGACUAAAUUAUCUUAAGAAAUAAAAGAUAUUGUUUUAUUUAAAUGAUUAUAAAGCGCGUGAGAUAUUAUGAUGUAAUAUUAUGUAUAUUUGUUAACUCAAUGUCUUGUAAAAAUGAGAAUGACAGUAAAUUAGGUAUGUAUUAACUUGCUGGAAUCUUUUACAUAGUUUCAUGUAAAAUCAAGAUGUUCCUGUAAAUUUUUUUAAUUAAAAGUUUAAACAUUUGUUUUUGUUUAGUUUAUUAUACUUUUAAAUGCAUCUGAAUCAAUAAAUUAUACAAAGCAGGCAUAAUGAAUUUUGAAUACAUUAAUUGGAAAUGUGAUAUCUAGUUAUGAGCGAUCAUGUUACAUUAUAUGAAUGAGUGUUUUUUCUAUAAAUGUUCAAAAUUUCACAUCUUACACAUAAGAAAACCUGUUCAUAAUUUUUAAGCAAUAAAGGAUAAAAAAAUAUAA